AUGACUAAUGCCAAUAAUAUUGCUGCCACAGCUAGUACUAUAAGUCAAUUAUUGAAUGGACUUGACCAUGAUGGCUCGACUAGUUCAGCUUCUGCUGGUCCUGCGGAUGAUGUUUCAAGUAUAAUGAGAAGCCCAUGGGACCCAUUCCAUUGUGCUGAUUGGGAUAUGCAACAGCCAAGUGCAACUUGUUUAGCAAGAAUAAAACGUGAUAUUUGGAGUGUAUUUAAAGACCCUCCACCAGGUAUGUUUAUUGCACCCGAUCCUGAUAAUAUUACCAAAAUUCAUGCUCUUAUUGUUGGCCCAUUUGACACACCAUAUGAAGGCGGAUUCUUUUAUUUUCUUAUUCGUUGUCCACCAGAUUAUCCUAUUCGUGCUCCUCGUUGCCGUUUGAUGACCACGGGAAACAAUACAGUUCGUUUCAAUCCAAAUCUUUAUCGUAAUGGUAAAGUCUGUUUAUCUAUUCUCGGUACAUGGAGUGGUCCAUCGUGGUCCCCAGCACAGUGUAUAUCAUCACUACUAAUAUCUAUUCAAUCAUUGAUGUCAGAAAAGCCAUAUCACAAUGAACCCGGUUUUGAACAUGAACGUACAUCAGGCGAUUCAAAAACGUAUAACGAAAUCAUAAAGCAUGAAACAUUGCGUGUUGCUGUAUGCGAAAUGCUUGAAAAUGAAAAUUCAUGUCCGAAACAAUUACGAGAAGUAAUGAUCAAACAAUUUUUCGACUUUUAUGAUUAUUACAUUGAAGUAUGUACAGAGAAUUCAAAUAAAGAUGGACAACCAAUGACGGAUCCAUUUGGUGAUCGUCGCGGUGUAUUUGAAUACGAAUUACUAUUACAGCGUUUUAAAAAAUUAAAAACUAAAUUUGAAUCAUCACAAAACCUCAAUAAUAAUGCUAGUUCAUCACGUUCAUCAUCAACUUCGGGAUCAAAACAUCAACAAAUGGAUGCACGUACUAGAGAGAUAAUACAUGAUGCUGUUGCACUUGAUUCAACUACAACAGCGAAUGAUGCUACUAAUCUUGAUGAUAUAUUUGAUGAUGACAAUAAUGAUGAGUCAAAUUCAUCAAUGGACGAUGAUGAUGACGAACAACAAUUGAACGAUUUGGAGCCAAUACCUUCUGUACCAAAUGCUGAACAGUCAAAUGAGAAAAAUUCAACAUGA